GGUGGGGAAGAGCAGCAAGAUGCUGCAGCACAUCGACUACCGCAUGCGGUGCAUCCUGCAGGAUGGGCGCGUCUUCAUCGGCACGUUCAAGGCCUUCGAUAAGCACAUGAACCUCAUCCUCUGCGACUGCGAUGAGUUCCGCAAGAUCAAACCUAAAAAUUCAAAACAGCCAGAACGGGAAGAGAAACGAGUCCUUGGUCUUGUGUUGCUGCGAGGGGAAAACCUGGUGUCCAUGACGGUUGAAGGGCCACCUCCAAAAGAUACUGGAAUUGCCCGGGUACCCCUCGCUGGAGCUGCUGGAGGACCUGGUGUUGGGAGAGCAGCGGGGAGGGGAGUUCCAGCUGGGGCUCCCAUGCCACAGGCUCCAGCAGGAUUAGCUGGCCCUGUCAGAGGAGUGGGAGGACCAUCCCAACAGGUUAUGACACCCCAGGGUCGUGGAACAGUUGCAGCUGCUGCUGCAGCAGCCACUGCCAGCAUAGCAGGAGCCCCAACUCAAUACACACCAGGGCGUGGGGGUCCUCCCCCACCCAUGAGCAGAGGAGCCCCUCCUCCAGGAAUGAUGGGACCUCCUCCAGGCAUGAGACCACCAAUGGGCCCACCCAUGGGAAUGCCACCUGGCCGAGGGGCUCCCAUGGGAAUGCCUCCCCCAGGCAUGAGACCACCACCCCCAGGAAUGAGAGGACCCCCUCCACCUGGCAUGCGCCCCCCAAGGCCGCCCCCCAGCCACUGCCAGCAUAGCAGGAGCCCCAACUCAAUACACACCAGGGCGUGGGGGUCCUCCCCCACCCAUGAGCAGAGGAGCCCCUCCUCCAGGAAUGAUGGGACCUCCUCCAGGCAUGAGACCACCAAUGGGCCCACCCAUGGGAAUGCCACCUGGCCGAGGGGCUCCCAUGGGAAUGCCUCCCCCAGGCAUGAGACCACCACCCCCAGGAAUGAGAGGACCCCCUCCACCUGGCAUGCGCCCCCCAAGGCCCUGAGAAUUCUGUAAUGUACCUCUGAACUGGGAGAAGACCAAGCAAGGGGAUGCACUGAGCAGUACCACCGUCAGACUUUGCUAUGUAUAUUUUAUAUCUACUGCUGGUAAUUUUUGCCCUUUCUAAUAAAGCAGGAAAACC